AUGUUAGUGGCUGCAAUUCUUUUCUCACCAACCUUUCUAAUCAAAGAGAAGAGACACAACAAGGGAAUUAGUUCCUUAUCUGAAGAAGGCAAAAAGGAAAUUGAGAUUGCAUACAGAUCUUCAUAUCAUCACUGCUUGGCCAUCUUCCAUGACCACUAUGAAGGUGUAGCCUACGGCAGUGAGAUGGACAGUGUUCUCCUUGCUGGGCAUCGACUUCACUUUGAUAUACUAGUAGUAUAUCUUCUGGUAUCUGCAUCAUCAUCGGCAGCCACUUGGGUUGAUGACUGGCAAUCUAACUGGGGCAAAGAUGAGUUCACAGAGAUGGCAACUGCUUCUGUUGUCAUGGCCUUCCUGGCUUUUAUUGCCUAUACUGGUAGCUCCCUUAUCUCUGGGUACAAUCUAUAUAACCACAACGCACUUUGA